AUGACUGAAAUAAGCCCCAAAUCCAUUUAUAUGGGAAAAGGGUUUAUCUUGAAAUCCGUUAAUAAUGAAUAUUUAGAGAACAAUAAAAAUAAUACAGGUAAUGUAAAAAAACGAGCAAAAUGUAUAUAUUUAAGUAAAAAAAAAAAUAUAUUUAAAAGAUAUAAUCCCGUAGUUAUUCCAAUAUUGAAUAGGAAUAUAAAACAUUUUACAAAAAAAACUGAAAAAAAAAAAAGUAGCGAUAUCGACAUUUUUGAAGAAAGUGAAUUGAAUAGUUUUUUAUUAAGAAAUCGAGCCUUUCGUUUAACAUGGAUAAAAAUUAUUAAAUUGAUAAAAAAAGAAAUAGAUAUACAAAUAUCAAAAAAUUUAACUGAUGUAUUUGAAGACAUAUAUUUAUAUUCGAUAUCUUCUAGUGAAUACCUUCCAUUGGUAUUAAUGACUGCUGGUACAAAUGUUUCUGAUCAUGAAAUUGUUAUAGAUACUUUAUCAUAUAAGUUAAAGGAAUGGGUUCAUAAAAAAGGAAGACAUAGAAAAAAACGGAUUAAAAAAAAUGAUGCAUCCAAAGCUUUAGUUAAAAAUGUUAGAUCAGAUAAUUACUUCGGUUUAUGUAAUUCAUUUUAUGAUGAUUCAGAUAAAUCAAAUUGCUUGUCUUCUAAAUUGGAAAAAGAUGGGAAUUGCUCAAAAAUAAAAAAACAAAAUAAUAAUGGAAAUGUAGACAAUGAUUUAGUAAGUAAUUCUAGUGAUAUCAUUAAUGAAAGUUAUGAUAGCUCAUAUCAUGAACAGACAGAUAGUGAAGAUAAUGCAAAUUGUGGCAAUGACAACGAUUGUGAUGUGUAUGUGUGCUCUUUAAAUUCAAGCACUUCUAAUAAUGUGAAUUCAGCAAUAUGUAAUAUAUAUAAUCAAUUAUAUAGAGAAUAUAAAAUAAGAAAAUUAUCAAAAAAUAUGAAUAAAAAAAAUAUGAAAUAUAAACAAAAAUACAGCAAUAAUAUAAAUAAAAUUGAAGAAGAUAAUAGAAUAAAUGUGGAUUCAUUUUAUUCUGAACAUAAUGGAGAACCAUCUUCUAAUUCGAAUUAUGUUGAAAAUGAAUUUGAUAACGAUUAUACAUUGAAUAGAAAAUUAAUAAAUGUUGAUAAACUUGUUGAGUUGUAUAACAAUAUGACUGAAAUAAAUAGAAAAUGUGAAGGUAAAGUAAAAGAAAAUGAUUUCAAAAAAAAACGUAAAAAAAAUAAAUCGGAUUUAUCAUGGCUAAAUGGCGAAGCAAAUGAGUUUAGUGAUGAAAAUUUUUUAAAAAAUUACAAUAAUUUAGAAUUAUAUAAUAUUGAAAAUUAUUAUUUUAAUGACGGAAGAAAAAAAGUUCGAGUAAUAGUAUUGAUUCAUGAUUGUGAAUAUUUUAACAUAAAUAUAUUUAAUGGAAUUUUAAAUAUAUUGAUAAAUUUAAGAAUAAAUAAUAAGAUAUGUUUAAGUGUUAUAUUGGGUGUGUCAUCUCCUUUUUUUUUUAAUAACAUAACAACACCAAGCACACAAAGUAAAUUACGAAUAAAAAACGUGGAUAUUUUAAACAAUAAGUUGGUUUGUGAAAAUAUAUGUAAUAAUAUAUUAUUUAAAAAUAUUAUUCCUUUUGUAAUUAAUUUUAGAACAAUACAUACUAUUAAAUUAUUAUUAUAUAAAAAUAAUCAGUCAAUUAGCCAUUUAAUUCAUAUCCUUUAUAUAUUAACAAAAGAUUUUUAUGAUAAUAAUUUGUUUUCUUUUUUAUCAAUUCCUAUAAAUUAUUAUUUUAAUAAUUGUUGUGAUACUGAUAUUGAAAAUGAUACUGAUAAUGAAUCAGUUACUGAAUAUUCACCAUAUACAUUUGUUAGAUCAAAAAACAAAACAUUUAACACAUUUAUACAAUAUAAUAUAAGAAAUUUGCAUAAAAAAAUAAUUUCUUUAUGUUAUUCAUCUAAUUUAUAUUAUUUUCAUUUAUCGUAUUUAAAAAAAAAAUAUUCUAAUAUUUUAAUCAAAAAUUAUUAUCUAAUACAUGAUGAAAAUUCUGAUGUCCACACCCCAACAUCUUCGAGUAUUGACACAGAUGUAUUUACUUUAAAAAAAAAUAAAAAAUUAAAUUAUGACAAAAAUGAGAAUGAUCAAUUCGAUGUAGUCGAUAAUUGUAAUGUUCCACCAAAGGUAAACAAUAUUAACAAGCUUGAUAAAGACAGGAAUGGAUUAUUUGAUAGAAAGUUAUAUGCAUGGAAAUUUAAAGCUAAUACCAUAAACUGGUGGUUAGAUCACCCUUUCAGAGAUUUAGUGUAUUGUUAUGAAAAUAGUAAUUCGAUAAAAGAAAAAAAAAAAAAAAAAACAGUUUUUAAUAUUGAAGAUAAAUUAUUAUUAGAACCAGGAGAAGAUAAUGAAAUAAAAAAUUUACAAAAUCUUGAAAACAUAAAAGAGAUAAAUAAACAUUUAUGUGAACAUUUUAUUCCUGAAACUGUUUUAAAACUAUUAGAAAGAAAAUAUGCAUUUAAUAUAGCUAUAAAUUUUAUUAAUAUUAUAAUUAAACAUAAACCUGAAUAUAGCAAUUCGUUAAAAAGAAUCGAAUAUUUUCGAAAAUUAUUUGAUAAUUUAGAAAAAGCAAAAUGGAAUAACAAUACAAAUAUAUUAUAUAUAGAAGAAUUAUAUAAAAUUGCAGAAAACGAUGUAAAAAAAUGUGUACAUUUUUUGAUUGAUAUUGUUAAUCCUUAUUAUUUUAAAAAUCAAGAAACUCUUUUAAAUAUAUUAAAAGAAUUUAAAAAAUAUUAUAUUAAAAUUUAUUCUUUAGUAUAUAAUUUAGAGGAUUAUUUAUAUUUGUUAAAAGAGAAAGUAUAUGAAAAAGACAAAGAAUAUUUAAUUAAUGAUGAUUUUUCAAAAAGUUUUUCAUAUUCUGAUUCGUUUUCCAUUUAUUACUCUCUUCUUUACAAAUUAGAUGAUUUAAUAGAAAUGUUUAGAAAAUUUUUGAAACAAAAAGAUAUUGAUACUAACGUAUGCAAAGGUGAAUUUUUUCAGAAAAAUGUUGAUAACACUGACAUGUCUAAUAAUCAAAAUGAAAAUUGUGAUGAAAAAAAAACAUACAAGCGAUAUUUGACAAUACAUAAUACGACGUUAAAGGUAAACGAUACGGAAUAUGAUAAUGAUCGAACAAUUACAAUUCAAGAUAUUUCAGAUUCUUUAAAUAUGUUCAUACAUGAUUAUUUAUAUCUAUUAUUACUUCCCCCACUACAUUAUAAUCCCCUUGCAUUUGAUAUAACUAUUCAUAAACCAGAUAAAGAUUUUACAGAUAUAAUAACAAGAAAUAUAAAAGGAGAAUUGUUACAAACCCUUUGUUAUAAUAAUCCAUAUAAAACUGGGAAUUUAAUGUGUUCAUGCUGUUUUUGCACAGAAAAUCCUCAAAAUGAAAAUGUGAAUAGUAAUAUUAUUUGUGAUAAUAAAAUUUAUUUAAAUCCAUAUUAUGAUAAUAUAUCAAGUUUAGAAGAUUUAGUCAACCUUUAUAGAAUUUACGAAAGAUGUAAUAAAACCAUAGACUUAUAUAAUUUAUUUAUUUUGUUUAUAAAUAUAAAAGUAGAGAAAUAUGAAAAUACAAUUGAAGAAAAUAGUAUCGAUGAAAAAAUAAAAAAAAUACCAAAGACAGGUCAAAAUUCAUUUCUAGAUAUUGGAAUUUUACAAGAAUAUUAUUUAAAAUUUAUAAUUGUAGUUACAACUUUUUGUUAUAUUUUUAAAAUAUUAAAACAGCCUAAUGUAUCAGCUCUUUUAAAUUACACUGAAAAAUAUGAUUAUUUAUCAAAUAAUUAUAAUGAAGAUAUGAUAGAAAAUGACGAAAAUGAAGAGAACGCUAAGGAACAAGUUAAAAAAUUCUUAAUAGAUAUUAAGAAAUCAUUACAAGGAUGUACUAGUAAAAAAUUACUAUUUGGGAAAUUGUAUUACAAUAAUACUAUUAUGUCUAGAGAAUUAUGUUUACAAAAAAUGAUGGAAUAUAAUUUUGAAUACAAGAGAGAAACUAUAUGUGUAAAUGACAGUUUUAAACGCCAAAAAAAUUGA